UCGGAUAGGUUACAGCGGAACACAGAUGGGUUUAAAAUCUGCGAUGAGUGCAGGUGUUACGUCGAAAACGAAUGACGAGGUUUCCAUGCGCUGUCGCGGGAGCGCGCGUCGUUGAACAACCUCAUAUAGAUGAAGGUUUGAAACGUGGCCGACGUUGCUGCUUCUUAUCAAAUUCCUUAUCAGAGUAUACGUCCUGAAAAAGUGAUAUUGUUUGGCAGAUUGUUUCAAGAAACUACGGUUUGGACAUAUUUGAUCUGAACACGUCACAUUCCAACAGCAGAAUAGUUAGAGCUUUGUAGUCUCAUCCAAAGUUUUUAAUGAGUGCAUACAGGGUGAAAAUAAAUUUACAUCUGCUGUAGAUGAUAACGUGCAAAAUUGGGUUAUCUGAAUCAACUCUGGGUUCGUGAUAACUCACAGCACUGCAGUUAUAUGAACAACAUUGCAUUUAAGCCGUAAUAUAUAUUUUAAAGAUAUUGUUUUGCAGGUCAAAAUCAGGGGCUGUUGUCAGUUCUUGGAUUCAUCUGCCAAAUAACAUCACUCUUUUACAUGGAUAUAAAAAAAAAAAAAACGUGUCAAUAUUACGAAUAUAUUUAAAAGUAGCGUCUUCGGACGAAUUGAAAUCGGUUUUCAUCAAUAUACGGAUCUAUUUAGCGAUGCGCGUUCCCGCGACAGGGCACGCAUGCGCUUUUCGGCAUAACACCGGUGUGGCGGCCAUCUUUACUUGCGCGAUUGAUCCAACAUGUCAGCUACACAACUCACGGCAUGAGAGGACACAGACCGGUAUGUUGGAUUUAAACUCAGUGGAUUUGCUCCAAGUAUGAUAGAACUGUGUCAGUUAUAGCUGGACACACACACACACACACACACACACAAUAGUUUACUUUAGCAACUGUUAAAAAAGGAUGUUUCGACUAACGAAGGCGGUGCUCCAGAAACCUCGGCAUGUCUGGUAUAAUGGACAACAGCAAGCAUGGAGGCUGAGGAGCUCAUCAGCUAGAGAAAAGGCUCUUGAGUACCAGCCGGGGCAGAAAAUUCACAGCUUCACUGUCAGAGAGGUCACGGCUGUCCCUGACCUGUGUCUCACAGCUGUGAAGUUAACCCACGAUAAAACUGGAGCUCAGUAUCUGCAUGCAGCCCGGGAUGACUCAAACAACCUCUUCAGUGUCCAGUUUAGGACAACCCCCAGGGACAGCACAGGGGUCCCCCACAUCCUGGAGCACACAGUGCUGUGUGGAUCUAAAAAGUAUCCCUGCAGGGAUCCCUUCUUCAAGAUGCUCAACCGCUCCCUGUCCACCUUCAUGAAUGCCUUCACAGCCAGUGACUACACUAUGUAUCCAUUCUCUACCCAAAACGAGAAAGACUUCCACAAUCUUCUUUCAGUCUACCUGGAUGCAGUUUUUUUCCCUUGUUUACGAAAACAAGAUUUCUGGCAGGAAGGCUGGAGGCUGGAGAACGAAGAUCCUACUGAUCCCAGCUCCCCGCUGGUGUUUAAAGGAGUGGUGUUCAAUGAGAUGAAAGGAGUCUUUUCGGAUAAUGAGCGUCUGUACGCGCAGCACCUUCAAAACAAACUGUACCCAGACCACACCUACUCUGUGGUGUCUGGGGGAGAACCACUGGCCAUUCCAGACCUGACCUGGGAGCAGCUUCAACAGUUCCACACCACACACUACCAUCCAAGUAAUGCUAGGUUCUUCACAUAUGGAGAUUUGCCUUUGGAAAAUCAUCUGAAGCAGAUUCAAGAAGAGGCUCUUUGCAACUUUGAUCGCAUCGAUCCAAACACAGAAGUCCCUUCUCAGCCUCACUGGAGCAGACCAAGGGAAGACCAUGUGACUUGCAGCCCUGAUGCUUUGGCUCCAGAUCCAGCCAAGCAGAACACGCUCUGUAUGAGCUACCUGCUGGGAGACAUCACAGAUGCCUUCGAAGGCUUCAUUCUUAGCCUACUAUCUUCACUUAUGGUGUCUGGACCAAACUCACCCUUCUACAAAUCUCUCAUCGAACCCAAGAUAGGAAGUGACUUCGCCUCUGUUGUUGGGUAUGAUGGGAGCACCAAAGAGGCGUCCUUCAGCAUCGGCCUGCAGGGGAUGGCAGAGCAGGACACAGAGAGGGUCAAACAAAUCAUCAGCCAAACUAUUGACCAGAUUAUAGAGAACGGCUUUGAGGAUGUGAGGAUUGAGGCUCUCCUUCAUAAGAUUGAGAUCCAGAUAAAACAUCAGUCCACAAACUUCGGCCUGUCUCUGGCCUCUUACAUAGCUUCAUCCUGGAACCAUGAUGGAGACCCUGUAGACCUGCUCCGAAUCAGCAACAGCUUUGCAAAGUUCAGACAUGCUCUGAAAGAAAACCCUCGCUUCCUUCAGGAAAAAGUCAGAUACUACUUUAAGGAGAACACACAUCGGUUGACCCUGAGGAUGAGUCCUGAUGAGACGUACCUGGAAAAACAAGCCAAGGCUGAGGAGGAGAAGCUUCAGGAAAAGAUCUCUGCUUUGACUGACAGCGAUAGAAAGGAAAUGUAUCUGAAAUGUCUGGAGUUGCUGGAAGCUCAGAGUAAAAGUCAGGAUGCCUCAUCUCUACCUGCACUCAAAGUCUCUGACAUCCAGCCAACAAUACCUAUCACUGCAGUUCAGAUGAGCACUGCAGGAUAUGUCCCGGUUCAGUACUGUGAGCAGCCCACAAAUGGUUUGGUGUACUUCAGAGCCAUGUGCAGUCUUAACACCCUACCAGAGGACCUGCGGGUUUAUGUGCCACUGUUCUGCAGCAUUAUCACCAAGAUGGGCUGUGGAGCUCUGGAUUACAGGCAGCAGGCCCAGCAGAUGGAGCUGAGGAUAGGGGGGAUGUCUGUUUCUGCUCAGGUCAUCCCCGACUUCACCCAGUUGGACACUUUUGAGCAGGGGAUCCUCUUGUUCUCUUCCUGCCUGGAAAGAAACCUUCCCCACAUGUUUAAGCUGUGGAGCGACAUAUUCAACAGCCCUCAUUUUGACAACGAAGAGCGCCUUCGCGUUUUGGUGAUGAUGGCAGCGCAGGAGUUGGCAAAUGGAAUAUCCCACUCUGGUCACAUGUACGCAAUGACCAGAGCAGGCCGACACCUGACACUAGCUGGAGAACUCCAGGAGACCUUUGAUGGGAUGGAACAGGUGAAGUUUAUGAAGAGGAUCGCUGAGAUGCCAGAUCUUAGUCAAGUCAUCCGAACAUUACCCAGGAUCAAAAAACACCUUCUGAACCCCCAGAACAUGAGAUGUGCAAUCAAUGCAACGCCACAGAAAAUAUCUGACUCGGCAACACAGUUGGAGAGUUUUAUUAAAGAUGUUGCUGAAAACCGAAAAGAACGCAAGCCCGUCAGAGCAAAUAUUAUUAAGGUACCACUUGACCUUCUGGAUGAUUCCGGCCCGAGUAGAAAAUUGAUAACAGAGCCAAAUUUCCAGCCAUGUCAGAUGAAAACAUUCUUCCAGAUGCCCUUCCCUGUUAAUUUUGUCAAUAAGAGUAUUCGUACCGUGCCGUUCUGCCACCAGGAUUUUGCCAGUUUGUGCAUCUUGGCAAGAAUGAUGACUGCAAAAUUUCUCCACGGUGAAAUUCGGGAAAAGGGUGGAGCCUAUGGAGGUGGAGCCAGAAUGGGUGGAAGUGGCAUGUUCUCCUUUUACUCUUACAGGGAUCCAAACUCAGUGCAGACAUUAUCUGCAUUUCAAAAAGGCGUUGACUGGGUAAAAUCAGGACAGUUCUCUCAACAGGACAUCGAUGAAGCCAAGCUUUCUGUGUUCUCAGCUGUCGAUUCACCUGUGGCUCCUGCAGACCAAGGAAUAAGUCGUUUCCUCAGUGGGAUCACAGAUGAGAUGAAGCAGAGUUACAGAGAAAGGCUCUUUGCUGUGGAUCAUAAAAGCCUAGUGGAUGUGGCUGAAAGGUACCUCAGUGUUGGUCAGAGCACGUGUGGAGUUGCCAUCCUGGGUCCAGAGAAUGAUAUGAUCAGGAAAGAUCCGACAUGGAUAUUAAAAUGAUAUACUUUUCAUAACGACAAAUAACUUGAAUGGACUUUACACUGAAAACCAAACAAAAAUGUAAGCUUUGUUUUUUUUUUAAACUUCUGAUAAGAGAAGCUUAAGACAUGGGAAUAUUGACUGACUUUUAAUUUUAAAAACAUACAAUAGAAACUUUUGUAUAUUCCAUUAUGCACAUAUUAAUGGAAAUUACUUGUGACACUAUCAUAUUUAAUACAAAACUAGAUCUGUGUUGUUUAGUGAAUGUUGAAUCACUAAACAUGCUUUGUCAUUAAAUCAUCUUCCAUUUGAAGGGGAUUUAUUGUCAUACAGUGGUCUUGGUGGUUCCAUUGUGGUUCACAAAGUCAUCAAACAAAGCCUUUACAUUUCCACAACUAACUUUACUAUUAAAGAUGAACACUUAAAGAGGAACAUUGGGUCAAAACCAAAGGACACCAGGGCUACAAGUACAUCUCGUUAAAUUAGUGUAAUUCUAAAUUUAGCUUUCAACACAGGUAUAUUUCAUGUACGUGUGCUGUUAAUUUAAAUGAUUAUGGUGCAGAACUCUUAAAAACAGUUAUUUUUUUGGAAAAUUGGAAUAUUAAAUAAAACAAAUAAAAAGCAGGAGAUUGAAUACAUUAA